AUGCCUCCCACGCCGAUCGGCAGACCGCCAAGCAGACAGGACGCCUGUGGAGUUCCUGUCUAUAAUUAUGACAAGUGGUCCAUUGGAGUGGAGCCCAGCCUGGGCAUGCUUGAGCCUGGAAAUGUUGAAGAUGAGAAAAUGGGACCUUUGUAUCCGCCAAGGGAAUUUACUUAUCCAUUUUUCGGAAAAAUUACGUUGUGGAAUUACCUCAUACGAUAUCCAUUUCUUAGAAAUUGCAGUCGCUCGCAAAUAAGUCGUCAGAAGAUGAUUUAUCACUGCAAGUUUGGCGAGUUUGGUGUCAUGGAAGGACAGUUCACGGAACCAUCAGGUGUCGCUGUAAACGCCCAGGGCGAUAUAGUGGUUGCUGAUACAAACAAUCACCGCAUCCAGGUGUUCGAUAAAGAGGGGCGUUUCAAGUUCCAGUUUGGCGAAUGCGGCAAACGUGAUGGCCAGCUGCUUUACCCGAACAGAGUAGCUGUCAAUAAAAUGACCGGUGAUUUCGUGGUUACUGAAAGAUCCCCAACGCAUCAGAUCCAAGUCUACAACCAGUAUGGACAGUUCUUGCGAAAAUUCGGCGCUAAUAUUCUCCAGCAUCCACGUGGUGUUUGUGUGGAUAGCAAGGGACGUAUUAUCGUCGUCGAAUGCAAGGUAAAUUGAAU